UUAAUUUUAUUUAUUCAUGAGAGACACAAGCAGAGGGAGAAGAAGCAGGCUCCAUGCAGGGAGCCCAACGCAGGACUCGAUCCCAGGUCUCCAGGAUCACUCCCUGGGCUGACAGUGGCGCAAAACCACUGAGCCACCCAGGCUGCCCCAAGCAAAAGCUUUUUAACCACCAAUGCCGACCACUCUUGAUGCCUUCAUGGUUUCCAUAUGGGAUCUUUUUCUGGGCCCAGGUUUUCUUUGUUCUCCUUAAUAUGACUGGGACCUUAGCAUUAAGACAUAGAACUGGAAGGAAACCUGGAGGUCAGAUGGCCCAGUGUCCUCAGUUAACACACCAGGAGACUGGCCUGAAGAGCUCAGUGACUAUGCUGCUGCCCCCAACACAGCACCAAACCUCUCUCCAGCCCGGAAGUUGCCAGUCAGUUAAUAGUGGGUCUAGGCCUUCCAGUUUGGGGGUAUCUGUAAGGUGGGCUUCCAUAACCCACACCCCCCACCCCCUGUCAAAAGCAGUUGGUUCUGAUUAACCCCCUUCCCCAUUCCCAGAAGGAGACACAGCAGUGGGAUGGGGGUAGGGGUGGCUUAGGGAUCGAAAGGGAGGGCUGGCAAAGGCGAGCAAGGGGCACGGCCCUGUGUCUGUUCCCAAGGGUGGAGCCAGCCAACAGGGCCACCCUGUCCCUUUAAGAGAAGGGGGAGAGCAAGCCCCUCUCGGCCAUUCUGUCCUGUCAUCCAUCCUGGCCAAAUCCAAAAGGGAAAAUGAAAAGGAGCCUAGGAGAAACAAGUCCCAGCCAUCUCCCAGGAUCCCUCCCUCAGCUCUAACACCUCAGCUGCAGCCACAGGCGCCAUGGGGGAGUGGGCGUUCCUGGGCUCGCUGCUGGACGCCGUGCAGCUGCAGUCGCCGCUCGUGGGCCGCCUGUGGCUGGUGGUCAUGCUCAUCUUCCGCAUCCUGGUGCUGGCCACCGUGGGCGGCGCCGUGUUCGAGGACGAGCAGGAGGAGUUCGUGUGCAACACGCUGCAGCCGGGCUGCCGCCAGACGUGCUACGACCGCGCCUUCCCCGUCUCGCACUACCGCUUCUGGCUCUUCCACAUCCUGCUGCUGUCGGCGCCGCCCGUGCUCUUCGUCAUCUACGCGGUGCACCGGGCGGGCAAGGGCGCGGGCGCGGCGGGCGCGGGGGGCGCGGGCGGCGCGGGGGGCGCGGGGGGCGCGGGGGGCGCGGAGGCGGAGGCGGGCCCCGGGCCGUCCCCGCGCCGCCGCUGCUACCUGCUGAGCGUGGCGCUGCGCCUGCUGGCCGAGCUGGCCUUCCUGGCGGCCCAGGCGCUGCUCUACGGCUUCCGCGUGGCCCCGCACUUCGCGUGCGCCGGCGCGCCCUGCCCGCACACCGUGGACUGCUUCGUGAGCCGCCCCACCGAGAAGACCGUCUUCGUGCUCUUCUACUUCGCCGUCGGGCUGCUCUCGGCGCUGCUCAGCGUGGCCGAGCUGGGCCACCUGCUCUGGAAGGGCCGCCCGCGCGCCGGCCGCCGCCACCGCGCGCACGAGGGGGCGCAGCUGCUCCCGCCGCCGCCGCCGCCGCCGCCGCCGCCGCCGCCGCGCCCCGCCCCCCGCGCCCCGCCCGCCUAUGCGCACCCCGCGCCCGCCCGCGACGCCGAGGGCGGCAGCGGCCGCGGCAAGGCGCCCCCGGCCACCGCCCGCCUGGACCUGGCCAUCUAGGCGCGGGCCGCAGGGGCCCCGCCGGGCUGUGCCCGCGACCUUGCCCGCCCGGGCGCUUCCCGGCGCUCUCGGUGGCGGUGGCGGUGGCGGUGGCGGUGGGGCCGGAGGAUGAGCUGCGGCAGGGCGCGAUGCCCGCCUCAUCCACGUGGCAGGGAAAGGGACGGGGGCCGCUGGGGCAGAGUGCGUAAGAGGACACAGCAGGGCGCAAAACGGAGGUUCCGGUGGUGCCCAGGAAACAGAAUCGCGACACCAGCUUCCCGAGGGCCUCUCCUUGUUCACGCUGGGUGGCCGCCCUAGGUGUGUGCUCACAUGUACACUAGGUAUGGCGUGGGCUGUGUGUGCAUGUGCACAUGUAAGACCCGUGUGAGCUGUGUGUGCGCGCGUGCAUGCAUGUGUCCUCUGUGACCUGUGUGUGUGCAUGUGCGUGUGCACAGCUACAUCCUACGCAGGCUCUCCGUGUGUGUGUAUACCUUGUGUGUGUGAGUCCUGUGCAUGUGUGCAUCUGUAUGUCCUGUGUGAGUGUGUAUGUCUGUCUAUGUGUGGCUGUGAGGGACAAUGGGAGAGAGACAUCUCUGGUAAGGUGCCAACAACAGCCGCAGUGGCACUGCAGAAGCUCUCCGCUCUUAAUGGAGCCCACGCAGGGAGGAGAGAGGUGCCCCUUCCCCCUGGGCACGCCCCAGAGCCGUAGGGCUUGUGGGCACCAUCCACACACUCAACCGUGUCCCCAGACCAGGGUGGCCAAACCCUCCCUUUGAUGGAAGCAGAGUGGGGGUGGGCAGUAGGGUCAGCAGGAUUCUUUUCUGUCUUCACUUCCUCACCUGGCUGCUGUUCCCCAGGUUCAUAAACAUGGCCAAGUUCCUUCCAUCCUCAAAAGAAAUGUGCCCUAAAACGUGCUCCGGGCCCUGCAUUUCCCUGCAGCCACCACCAUCUUCCCUCCUGGGGGGAUACUUGGCUACCUCUUGUCCCCCUCCUGUAUCUUCUCUGCCCCAUCUGUCUUCCUCCCUUGUACCCCAGCGGUGCUGAUCUCCAUAAGCUCACCCAGGACUUAAGUGACAUCCAGCGGCCCCGUCUGACCACGCCCUGGGCGUUAUCCAACCCUGCUGAGCAGGCCACCACCACCCACUCUGCCGUCUUUUCUCCUAUGUCCCUGGUCCUCCCCUCUUUGUCCUGGACUCUCCGGCCCGUACGGCACACAGCGGGCAGAGGGGUCUUUCCAAAUGGUCCUCCUGCUUACACUCUCGAGGGCUCCCUGUCAUCAGGAUAAGUCCAGUGCCUGGAUGAGGCUUCUGAAGUCCCAACCCUGUCCCACCUGGCCCCAGCCCCACUGCAUGGGCUUCCUAUGGUUUCUGUGCUCAAAGCAUAGAGUUUUUCCUCUUCUUACCAGGCAUAGUGACCAAUCUCCUUCUAGAUGUUAGAACGUGCUGUUUCUUGGCCUGGAGCAGCCUGCCUGUCUGCAGCACUCCCACCUCACCUAGCUAAUUCCUGCCUCCCUUUUGGUCUCAUUUGGGAAGAAAUAGAUGCCUUCCCUCACAGUGCCCACACCCAAGUCAGAACUAGGUGCCCCAUGGCACCCAUGCUUCUGCAGGCAGAGCACGUCUGCUGGAUGGCAUUGCUUGCUCCUCCACACUGGCCCAUAGUAGGUGCUUAGUAAAUUUGUGUUGAUGAGGAACUGAAGGUGUCUCUGGGGCCCAAAGGCUUAUCCAUGCUCAUGGCAGGCAGCAACAUCUCUCUGAUGACAGUCAGUUAUGUGUGCAAAGCCUGGACCUCCAACAAAUUCAGAUGGGGAUAUCCAGCUGUUUUCCAGAUGUGUUCAUUCAAGAAAUAUUUGUUGAGCACAUACUAUACGCCAGGCAAUGUUCAAGAUCAGCACUGUGCAAGAGAAAUAGGAUGUGAGCCACAUGUGUAAUUUUAAAUUUUCCAUUAGCUACAUUAAAAAGUAAAAGGAAACAGAUGAAAGCAAUUUUAAUAACAUAUUUUCUUUAACCCAGUAUAUCCAGAAUGUCAUUUCAACACAUCAUCGAUAUAAAGAAGUCUUAAGGAGAUAUUUUACAUUCAUUUUUUUGUACUAAGUCUUUGAAAUCUGGUAUGUGUUUUAUGCUUAGAGCAUAUCUCAGUUUGGACCAGCCACAUUUUGAAGACCCAGUCACCACACUUGGCUAGUGACAACUGUAUCAAACAGAGUAAACUUGACAUUGGGCUUCAGUGGUGAACAAAACCUGCCUUCGUGAAGCUUACAUUCUGGUUGGGAAGGCAGGCAGUAGAAUAUACCACCAGGUACUGCUCAAAAUAAGGCGAGACAGUGACUAUCCCUGAGGCGUGACACUGGAACAGAAUGUAGCAAAGAGCUAGCCCUGAAGCUGCCUCCAGGAAGGGCAUUCCAGGUGGAGGGAAUGGUGAGUGCAAAGGCCCUGAGGCAGGAAUACGUUGGGGGUAUUUGAGGGCAGCAAGAAGGCCCAUGUGGCUGGAAUAGAGUAAGGGAUGGGAGUGGGGGUCCCCAGCACCUCAAAUGCAACCCCAACUGCCUUAGUGUCCCGUCUCAAUGUUGAUAUCUCCAUCCACCCAGGCCACCUCCACCCACUACUGCCAAAGCCUGUCUUCUGCCCGCCUCCCAUGUCCUGUCAAUCACCUGGUCUCCCAUUUUGCCACUUAAGCAUUCUUCCCCUCAUGCACUCUCACCCCUCCAGAGUCUGCCCAGGGCCAGCCCUGUCACCGGUGGCCUGGAGAGCAACCACGGCUUCCACUCUGCUCCCUGCAAUUCCCAUCUGAACAGCUAGCUCACUGGCUUGAAAUCCUUCACUCCCAUCACUCUCAGGGUCAAGUCCGGCUCCUGAACCAGCCCUGGCCUGCGCCCAUCCCUGCCUCUCCAACUUACUUCUUCCAGCAUUCCAACGGAAAUGGUUAAAGCACAGAGCUGGUGACAGUUUGUGAUCACAUGAAGCUAUUUAUCACCUCUGUGCCCCUGCUUGCUGACUCUUCCCCUUAGACCUUCAGCUGGGAGGGGGCACCUCUUCCACGAAGCCUUCUGAUAUUUGCCCCAGGCCUGGUUAAAUGCCCCGUGGGAGG